UCUCAUCUCCAAAAUCAGAAUUUCAAUUUCUAUUCUGUAUUCACCGUUGAUUUUUUGUGUUUUUAUAUUUUGUGUUUACUAUAUUAAUUGAUUUCUAUUAUGGGCAUCAUAUGUAGAGAAUUUUUUUGAUUAAAUUUUCUUGUUUGAGAACACCUAUAUCUUCUCUCUUCACUAUAUCUUCCACACACACACACUCUCCCUCUCUCCUCUGUUCUAUUCAUAAGGUUUGAUGUCUUCAAACCAAAUAUGUAUUGACUUGGAACAGAAAGUACAGCUGGCAAUUACUAGUUCAUGUCCCUAUUCUUUCUUGAUCCCAUACAAAAGUUAGAUUAUAUCACUCUUUCAGUUAUGAUUCUGUCUUCCCUUUUCCUUGUAUCAAGGACUUUCUGUUCCUCAAAUUAGGGUUUCUUCAGUACCAAUUUGGGAGCAUUCAUUGUAUUGUCAUUUCUGUUGAUAUAGAUUUAUGGUCAUGUGUUUCAUCAGCUGAAUUUUUUUGGGUUCAUCUUCAAUUACAAGGACUGAGUCAUGCUUGAAAGGUUCUUUCCAUAUUUUUGUUUUAGUCCCCGUUGAAGGAUUUUAGUGAGGAUUAAGGUUUUGAAACAUGGAGAAUUCUUAUGAAACAUUGAACGAAAAUAAACCGGCUGAUCCGGGGCUUCAGAUUAUAAGACACCCAUCUUAUUCUUACCAAUCCUAUAGCAAAUUAUCAUUGAAAUGGUUUGAUUUGAGAGUUUUCUAUGUUAGAAUCAGCAAUUUCUUGGUUGAUGAUUCGACCCCGGAGUGUCUCACUCUCAACCACAUUCCUCUGAGCCCUGACACCCUCCUUGAAGUGAAUGGUAUAAGGUGUACCAUUUGCUCGGAAAGAGUCUCUUCGAUUCUUAGAAGAAACCGAGUGGAUAAGAAAUCCGAAGAAGCCACGUUUGUGAGCACGGAUAGUAUAAGGUUGACAGGAAGUGUGAAAUUCGAGGUUUUUAAUAAGGAGGAUCUCUUGCUCUCUGGGGUUCUGGAGAUGUCCAAUAGCAAUGGCUUUAUCGGGGAAUCAAGAAACAGUCCCAGGCUGUGGAGCAUGAAUUGUGAAUCGGUGAUGAUUGUUGGCACCGGAUUCUUGAAGGGAAAGCAAAUUGUGGGUUCUGAUACAUUGUUGCCAACCGUUGAGGUUUAUAUUGCUGGUUGCUUCUCAGGAACACCAAUCAUCUUAACCAAGACUCUGCAGCUUAGUUUUCGGAAGAAGCCAAAUAGGAAGGGGAUGCUGGAUUCAAUCCCGGAGUACGAAACACCUGAAUCCCAGAAGGAUGUUGCAUCUGGUCUUGAUCUGCAGGCAGCAGAAUACAGUAACUACAAACCAGAAAGUGAAGAAGACUACAACAUUUACUGGAGGAGAACAGAAUACAUGGAAGGAGAAGAUGGUGAACUGUCCUGGUUCAAUGCUGGUGUGAGAGUCGGUGUUGGGAUAGGGCUUGGCAUUUGUCUGGGAAUCGGAAUAGGAGUCGGUUUGCUAGUCCGUACUUACCAAACCACAACCCGAAACUUCAAAAAGCAGCUUCUCUAAUGUCUCUUAGCUGAACAUCAUUUAAUUCAAGUUCCUUCUAAUUCAAAAGCUAAUCAAUUACAAAGUUUCUUCCCUCUAAGUCCUUGUUUCCUGUGCUUUUUAUUGUUUUUUUUUUUUUUACUUUCAAUUGUAGUUUGAUAUUUGUUAGGAAAAAAUAAUAGGUGUCAAGUUUCUGAAGAUGAAAAGUACUAAUUUUGCAUACCUGGAACUUGAAAUUACCUUGUAUGUAUCACUUUGUAAAUAGUUUUUUUGUUU